AUUUUUUGAAAACCACAGCUUCGACCAUAUUCCUGGUUAACAACGUCUAACCAAAAUGAACGGAGCACCGCGGGUGAGCCGGAGCACUACUCUCAGGUGAAGACGACUCCGGAAAGCGCCUUGGGUGUGAGAUGGAGGAGACGUUUUCCAUCAGAUUCACAAGUAGAAAGAUGAAGGAACUGAGUUUCAGAGAAAUUGAGUGACUUGCCUGCCUGAGCUUGUGAAGCUGAUAGUUCUGCCCCAGAGACGACAAGUAUGAAUACCACAGAAAAUGGUGUCAACUGUCUGUGUGCAAUAUGUGGGGACAGAGCAACAGGGAAGCACUACGGGGCAUCAAGCUGUGACGGGUGCAAAGGUUUCUUCAGACGCAGCAUACGCAAGAGUCAUGUUUACUCCUGCAGAUUCAGUCGCCAGUGUGUUGUUGACAAGGACAAAAGGAAUCAAUGUAGAUACUGUCGAUUAAGAAAAUGUUUUAGAGCAGGAAUGAAAAAAGAAGCUGUUCAAAAUGAACGUGAUAGAAUAAGCACCAGAAGAAGCACAUUUGAAGGCAGCAACAUCCCUUCCAUUAACACACUGGCUCAAGCAGAAAUUCGGUCUCGCCAGAUAUCAGUGUCAAGUCCUGGAGUAAGCACUGACAUAAACGUUAAGAAAAUUGCAAGCAUUGGCGAUGUCUGUGAAUCUAUGAAGCAGCAGCUCUUAGUCUUGGUGGAAUGGGCUAAGUACAUUCCUGCCUUCUGUGAGUUACUACUGGAUGACCAGGUGGCCCUGUUAAGAGCACAUGCAGGGGAACACUUAUUGCUUGGAGCUACAAAGAGAUCCAUGAUGUAUAAAGAUAUUUUGCUUUUGGGAAACAACUAUGUCAUUCACCGUAACAGCUGUGAAGUUGAAAUCAACCGAGUGGCCAAUAGGGUUCUUGAUGAGCUAGUCAGACCAUUCCAAGAAAUCCAGAUUGAUGACAAUGAGUACGCUUGUUUGAAGGCAAUUGUAUUUUUUGAUCCAGAUGCAAAAGGGCUAAGUGACCCAGUGAAAAUUAAGAACAUGCGAUUCCAAGUGCAGAUUAGUCUGGAGGACUACAUCAAUGACCGGCAGUACGACUCGCGGGGGCGGUUCGGGGAGCUGCUUCUGCUGCUGCCCACACUGCAGAGCAUCACCUGGCAAAUGAUCGAGCAGAUACAGUUUGUCAAACUUUUCGGCAUGGUCAAAAUUGACAACCUCCUUCAGGAAAUGUUACUUGGUGGUGCCUCUAAUGAUGGAAGUCACCUCCACCAUCCAAUGCACCCACAUCUGUCUCAAGAUCCACUUACUGGACAAACUAUACUUUUGGGUCCCAUGUCAACACUGGUUCAUACAGACCAGAUCUCAACUCCUGAAACCCCACUUCCUUCUCCACCACAAGGCUCUGGACAAGAACAAUACAAAAUAGCUGCAAACCAAGCUUCGGUCAUUUCACACCAGGGCCUUACCAAACAAAAGCAAGUGUGAGACCAUGUUUACUUCUGGAUGACACUGCCUAAAUGUGAAAAGGUGGUCUUGAAAUAUCUCAGGAUAGUACUUUUGGCAAAUUCUCAGCCAAGGUUUCUUCAUGGUGCUGUUAUAAGAUGGUAUCCUAUUUUCUUGAUUGGGUACUCAUUUUGUUUGUUGUGUCUAUGGUGUAAAACUCCACAUGCAACCAAUAUAUAUCCGAGUUUGAAAUUGUUUAUAUAGUGUAUUGUUUUUAGUUGCCCUUGCACUGAGCCUGAACCUGUUGAAUCUUUUGUACUAUUUUCAUUUGUUUUCAUAAUAUUAAUUUAAAUCUGUAAAUAAUUGCUUAUUGUGAUGUGAUAAAGAACUAAAUGUGCCUUUUGCCUAAAAAUAGUAGAUCAGAAAUGCCAAGUUAACAUAAAAUGAACCAAUUUUUAUUUUUUUGUAAGUUACAGUC